UGUGAUGGCUUUGGAAGCUUUUACUUUAUGGGCAUGGCUUUCAUUUCUGUUUCCUUUGAAUAUUUUAUCUUGUCUCAUCAUAAUUACAAUUUGACCCAACUUAUGACAUUUUAUUUAGUUGCCUGAUUGGUGGCCUGAUUUAGGUCAGGUGUUUAAGGAAUGAAUAUGCUAUAAAGCAUUGUCUUUAUUUCUUAAAAUUGCACAGUUCUGUACCUAGGUUUAAAAUAUUAAUGUACAGUAACUUACUUUUAUGUUUGGGGAAACAUGAAUAUCGCUAGGGAACAGAACAUGUCCAUAUUUAUUUUUUAACACAGCUGCCAGACACUGAAUGGAGAUUUGCACACUACACAUUUAUUUCUCCAGAUCACUUCAGAAUGACAAGUCUGUCAACCAGAAACUAUGGAGUUAUUAGUUUUCUUCGCCUUUUAAGUUUCCAGACUGACAGCAGAGUCCUGUUCAUGCUGUGUAUGAAAAGAUUAUCUACAGUAAGCCAUGUCUCAGAUGGCAGACUCACGUUAGAGAUAUCUCUUAAUCCAGCAAGGAAAGCUAUGCACAUGCAUGAGGGUGUUUGCAAAGCAGCAUACUGUUUGCAUAUUAUUUGUAGUGUUGAAGUUUUUUAUUAUUUUUAUAGACUAAGUAAAAGUCAAAAUGAAUUCCUAUUUUUUGUUCAGAAUUGAAUUUUGUCAGUAUAUAUUUGCAGACUAAAUGUGAGCAGUACUGGCCUGAACAGGGGUCCCAGAUCUAUAAUGACCUCAGAGUUUCACUGCAUACCCAGACAAAAGAUCCUGAGGUCACCAUGCGAGUCUUUGGACUACAAAAGGUUGGGGGCUGUAAACAUAGAAUUGUGAGACAGUUGCAUUAUACAGCCUGGCCUGAUCAUGGCACUCCUCGGAGACCUUUAAGCCUCCUACGCCUUGUCAGACUGACAAACAACUGGUGGGCAGACAACAGAGGGCCAAUCGUGGUCCACUGCAGUGCAGGGAUUGGGCGUACGGGCACCUUCCUGGCAGUGCACCAGCUCCUAGCUGCGGCUGAGAUGGGACACAGGGUGGACGUGCUCCAGUGUGUCUCCAACCUGAGGAAAAACAAGGAGGGCAUGGUGCAAAAUGAGAAGCAGUACAUGUUGAUCUACAACAUUCUGCUGGAGGCUCUCCUCUGUAGAGAUACCCGUUUUCCUGCCUCCCAAAUUCAGCAGCGGCUCCAUGAGCUUCAGAAGGAGAACCCUCACUCCCACCUCACUGGCUACCAGAUGGAGUUGCAGGCACUGGAUAGGUUAUCAGAGGUCUUCAUGGCCAGUCCACAUUGUGAAGCCCUAAAGCCUAAUAAUAAGUCAAAGAACAGAGACCUCAGCAUUUUACCAGUGGAUGGACAUCAUUGCCCCCUGAUGUCAGUCAUGGGCCCUGAUGGGUCUCCAGGUUAUGUUAAUGCUGUUUUUGCAGAUAGCCUAACAAGGAACAACAGAUUCAUUAUCACCCAGCUUCCCCUAAAGGAGACCAUCAUUGAUUUCUGGUCGCUGGUUUAUGACUACAAAUGCACAACUGUGGUCAUAAUGGGCAUACCCAAAAACAGAGAUGAGGCUUUCCCUGUGUUCUGGCCAGAGUCUGGAUUUUGCACUCACGGUCCUUUCACUGUCAGCCUUUGCAGUGAGGAAAUAAAGGAUGGCUUCACCUCCAGAACACUAAAGCUCAGCCAUACCAAACAGAAAUCAUUUGCAGAAGCUCUGCAAAUAAAAAUGCUUCAGCUGAACAACUGGCCAGAAAAAGACAUCCUUCCCAAGACACGUGCCACGAUCAUCAGUAUGUGCAGCUAUGGAGAAGAGUGUCAGAGGGAGGGCAAUGAAGAAACUCCUACACUUGUCAUGUGCAGGGAUGGGGCUUGCCGGAGUGGUCUCUUCUGUGUGGCCAGCCUGCUGCAUGAACAGCUGCAGUCCGAAGGACAGGUUGAUGUGUUUCAGGCUGUAAAGAUGUUGCGAAGAGUGCGGCCUCAAAUCAUCAAAGAUAUGAAUCAGCUCAUUUUCUGCUACCAAAUAGCAGCGGAUUACAUAGACUCUUAAUCCUCAGCCCUACCAACUCACAGUUACAGUGUAACACCUGAUGCAUCAGUGAAAUAAUAUACCUUUGCACUCUUUUUAUUUUGUUUAUAUAUGGAAUACAUACUUACUACAGAACCAUAAUGUUUAGGGGAAAGAGACUACAGGUUUACUGCAUAUUGUAAAUGGAAAUGAGAGUUUCAGUUGAAUAUAUCCUAAAACGAAUUGGUUUAUUGCACCAAGUACUCUAUAUUGUUAAAUAAAGAAGAAUUAACAGAAAGAUACUAAGGUCUAAAUAUUACCUUGCUAAUUCAGUUUUUUAUUUCUCUUGGUGAUGUAUUUCAGAUAUUUUGGUUGCUUGGUGUUCCCUAUAGUUCAAUAUUGGAACUUUCUGCUACUUAGUAU